AUGAUAACGACUACAAAUCAACAACCGAUUCUCAGAAUUAUUCAUUCGCCCCUCAUGCCCAAUCCUUCUAAAGUGAGGUCUUUACCAUUCACUUGGGAUGAGACGAAGACUAUAGUUGAAACAAACAAACUUGAGCUAUUUGCCAGAUCCGAGGAGCAAACAGAGAAGUAUGCUAAAUUUAAGGCGGAGCUAAAGCGGAACCACACAACAAUAUUCAAACAUUUGUUGAUUGCCGAACUAAAUUGGUAUGACAAGGCUUUGAAUAAUGGUAUCGAUAAAAGUGACAUCAAUCUAUUGGAUGACGCAGUCAUCAAGUUUCAGCCAAAAUCAAAGCAUUUAUUCACGGAAGCUAGUGACCUAAAAAUUCUUCCAAACCAUUUCCCAUACUAUUUUCAAGAAGGAAUAUCACAUCUAUGUGUUUGGUCUAAGCUAGUAAUAGAAAAUGAUCCGGAUUCACAAAAGGGUGAUAUUAGCAAGGCAACCCGAAAUCUAAUUUGCAAGUACGUAGAAAAAACUUUCAUUGAGGGUCUUGGAAUUGAUAGAGAAAAUGUUGUAUGGUUCAGAAAUUGGGGAGCACUUCAAAGCGUGAAAGGAAUCAGUCACAUUCAUGUGUUAGUGAAAGGCUUCACGAGCGAGCAGUUGAACAAAGUUUUAUAUACUCCCGGUGCUCCAUUGACUGAAGCCGAGUAUGAAGAAGUUCAUAAUGAGAAAUAG